CUCACCUCUCUGUAAAUCAUAACGCAAUAAGUUUAACUUCUCCUACACACUCGGAGUGAUCCAAAUGUCUUAAGCUUCUUAGACAUUAGCCGAACUCUGCGUGUUCCAUUUUACCGCAAACGAUGGUCACAAUUGAGCUAUGAGGCAGCCUUCAGCCUGUUUGACCUGCCGAAUACGCAGGCGAAGGUGCAGAUUUUCAAAUGGUCCUAAUUCCUCUUGUGAAUAUUGCGCAUCGAAACGGCUGAAAUGUACAGGAUUUCAGCCAACCUCGGCACCAUCUACGGGUGCUUCAAUUCGCUCACUAGAUGAGGCCUCGGGCGGAGCACAUAGCGGUAAUGGCGAAAUUGUGCAAUCAAAAUCCGCAGUAGGACUUCCACCGCUGGAAGUAUGCUCGGAACUUGUAUCUUUGUAUUUCGACUAUAUUCAUGACCAGUUUCAUUCUCUCUUCCAUCGUCCAAGCUUAGAGACAGACCUUGCGAAUGGCAAGGUGCCACUAGUAAUACUUUAUGCCAUUAUAGGAUUGGCCGCAAGGUUCUCAACACAUGUACUAUUUUCAGAGAUAGAUCCGAGAAUCAGAAGCAAAGUGUACGCUGAAGAGAGUGAUCGCCUCCUCAAAGUGGGCGAAAUCUCUUUAAUAACCAUUCAGGCGAGUGUCCUAUUAGGUACGAUUAGUAAUGCCGAAGGCCAGGCAGACAGUGGAUCUAUAUAUUAUGCUAUUGCAGUUCGAAUUGCUGCUAUCAUGGACUUAGCAAAUAGGCCUGCUACAUGUUGGGUGGAAAAGGAGGUUAAUAUUCGAGUAUGGUGGACACUGUACAUGACUGAUACUUGGUCGUCAUACGGUCUCCGACUUCCAAAACAAAUGCAUCGCAUUAACAGUCUCCCCCUUCCAGCCGACGACGAAGCCUUCCUCCAGGCUAGAUGCGGCAAUGAAAUUGCUCCCAAUCUCGAUACAGAACUAGAAAGUUCACUACUUAGCCAAAUGGUCAAACUCCACUUCAUCCUCAUAGAAGUCAACGAUUUCAACUCCUACACCGUCACAAGCCAGAUAACGGAAGCAGAGACCGUCACAAUGGUCACAAAACUAUCACAAAAGCUCGAUGACUGGCAUACAUCUCUUCCUCCCUGUAUGCGCGACACGCCGGAGAACCUAAGUCGCUAUGCGGCCCAGGGUUUCGGCCGCAUGUUCGUCGCCGUCUAUCUCGGUUACUACAACUAUGGUCAACUCCUCUUCUAUCAAUUCCUCAACUCUGAUCACUACAGCCCAUACGUGCAAUCCCAACUCUACGCGGCAAAGUGCGAAAGCUACGCCACUCGACUCUGUGAGAUCGUGUAUGCAGCAAACGCGAUCCCUGAGUGCGAGGUGCACUACAUGAUGGCAGGGCAUGUGCUGGCAAUUGCGUCAACCGUGCAGAUCCAUACGCUGCUGUUUGCCGAUAACGAGGAAAAGAUCAAAGCCGCGAAGUACAGAUUGGAGCGAAACUUUGAGAUUCUGAUGAGGCUAAAGAGGUUUUGGCCGACGUUGGAUAUUUCGUUUGCUAGGUUCCAGGAGUUUCAUAGGGUGUGUCGGGAGUCGAUGGAGACGAGCUUUAGGAUGGACAGGUGGAUGCUUACUUUCUUGUUGGAAUUUGGGAAGCCUUUAAACAAGUAGGGUAUAUCUAAAAGGGGAAUUUAAAGGCUUUAAGAAGACGCCUAUAGAGCAUUGUGGACUAUACCGCAAUGUUGACUGAAAAACAUUCUCUUUAUA